UCCCCGUCCAACGCAUCCUUGCAUAGAGCCAACCACACCUUCUUAACGUGGUAGCGAGUCAGUGACGCACGCUCUCCGUGCCACACCGCGACCGCACCGCUCUGCCCGCUCAGCUACCCAAGAGACCGGCGUCCGGCAAUGGAGUCGCGGGGGAAGCCCGGGUUCAGCGGCGCGGGCAGCCUAUCCGGCAGCCGGAGGAGCUACAUGGGAGCGGCGGCGGCGGCGCCCAGCAAGCCGGCGGUGGACGGGUGCGGCGUGGCGCUGCGCGUGUUCAUCCUGGCGGCGACGCUGGUCGCCGCCGUGGUGAUGGGCCUGGACCGGCAGACGAGCACCGUGCAGGUCACCAUCGCCGACACGCUGCCGCCGCUGCAGGUCCCCGUCACGGCCAAGUGGUCCUACUCCUCCGCCUUCGUGUACUUCGUGGUGGCGAACGCGAUGGCGUGCGUCUACUCGGCGGUGGCGCUGGCGGCGUGCCGCAGCCGGAGCGCGGUGGCGCCGCUGAUGGUCGGCGACCUGGUGGUGCAGGCGCUCCUGUUCUCGGCGGUGGGCGCGGCGGCGGAGUUCGGCAUCCUGGGUGAGCGCGGCAACUCCCACGUGCGGUGGGGCAAGGUGUGCCACGUCUACAGCAGCUUCUGCGAGCGCGCCAUGGCGGCCGUCAUCGUCUCCCUCGUCGCCGCCUUCGCCAACCUCGUCCACCUCAUGUUCGCCAUCCUAGACGUCCACAAAAACUCCUCCUACUACUAGCUCAGCUCAGCUGCUGCUGCUGACCCAUCAUGCACGCGUCGGAGAUGUCCGAUCGAUGCAUGCAGAUGGUAUACCUGAUUUCUGUGUGAACUAACGGUCUCGGUCUUAGGCGCGUUGGCUUGAUUUAAUGGCGCGCAUUGUUGUGUCGAUGCAUUUUGGCACUGUAAUGUUAGCUAUGGAUACAAAUAUAUGGAGGAUUUUACUUGGUAUGAUCUACUUCAUCCGUUUCUAAAUAUAAGUUUUUUUAGAGAUUUUAAUAAGAACUACAUACGAAUGUAUAUAUAUAGACAUGUUUUAGAAUGUACAUCCACUCAUUUUGCUCUAUAUGUAGUCCCAAUUGAAAUCUCUAAAAAGACUUAUAUUUAUGAACGGAGGGAGUAAUAUCUACGGUGAUUUCGCAUGAACUAAUAUGCAUGUAUUGAUAACUUUUUGAGCUGAUUUAGUUCAUUG